AUGGAUCAGAGACGUGGCCCCUACGCGCAGAGGAAAUACGGAAGGUGUCAGUUUUCGAUCAUCGGUGUCCCCGCAGCAUUGGUCAGAUCUGGUGAGAAAAUCGGAUUGGUAAUGCUGAGGGAGAACCAAGCAUACUACCCAGAGCACGUGUACGUGCUAGAGAUGGACUUGACCACUACACAAACCACAAGUAGUGAACAGAGUGAACAUUCUGUUGAACCGGCAUCCGAAUGUUCGACGUUACAGGCUUCUACUUCAUCCUCACAUUCGGAUUCGUUCAACCCUGAUCUCCCAACUGCAGACGAAGAUAUUGUUGCCCAACAUGUUCAUGUUGGUUUGUCGCCUCCUUCUGUUGAACCUACCACAGCAUCUACCUCUCUUUGUACUGACGUGAAUGCAUCACAAUACUCCUCGCAGCCGAUACCAGUUUCCCAGUCGAAGCCACCAGCGACCGGUGCUUCGGAACAGAUCAAGACACCCACAAGACCGUCAGCCUUCAGUUCCCCCAAUGAUUUCAUCUAUCAUAUCAAGUGGAUUAGCUUUCAAGGAACUUCUCGACCCAUUAUAACUCAGAACGAGAACGGACCGUGUCCAAUCAUAGCUAUUGGAAAUGUACUGCUUCUCCGCGGGACGAUGAGUCUUCCUAUCGGCACAGAGGUUCUAACCGGUCAGCGUUUAGUGAACUUACUCAGUGAUAUUUUGCUCUCACAUCCUGUCACGGACUUGGAUGAUGGCCAAUUGUUGAACUAUGAAACUACGGUGGCCGAUGCUUUCAACCUGUUUCCAAGUCUUCAAACGGGCCUUGAUAUCAACGUUCGGUUUACAGGAGUGUCCGCAUUCGAAUUCACUCCGGCUCUGAGUGUGUUUGAUUUGUUUCGAAUCACACUAUACCACGGUUGGUUGGUGGAUCCGGAAAAUGCAGAACUCAUUUCGGUUGUUUCUGAUCGAAGCUACAAUCAGCUGGUUGAGCGAGUGAUAGAACUCAAAGCAUCAGCUGAUCCAGAUAAAGCAGCUCAAGGUUUGUUAGCGGAAGAUUUUCUCGCUCAGACGGCUUCACAACUCACGUAUCACGGGCUAUGUGAGUUGUAUUCGGCAGUUUCCGAUGGACAGUUGGCUGUUUUCUUCCGCAACAACCACUACAAUACCAUCUACAAGACUGAGGGCCGUAUUCUAGUUCUUGUAACCGACCAGGUACUCUCUAACGAACCCAAUAUCGUAUGGGAGGUUUUGAACGACGUGGACGGGAACACUCAAUUUGUGGAUGAAGCAUUUCAACUGCACUCGCCCGUAUCAAGUGUACUGGAGAACAAUUCGGUCGCCAACAAUCCGAUUCGUGAGACAGAAACUACUGUGGAGCUGGUGAAUGCGCCUGGUAUCAAGGCGCCCGAGGCAGUCACAAGAGGGAAAAUCCGUAUCAGCAGCUCGUCGUACGAUGCAGCUGAAUCCGGGAAAAGACGCACAACUUCAGUCGAGGAGUUGGCUCAAGCAUGUACAGACUUUUCUGGUGACCAUGAUCCACGACGCCAAAGGCAAUCUGGCCAAGAGCAAUUGACCCUCCGAGGGAUGACAAAAGAUAACUGA